GUUGGUAAUAAGGAAGCGCACGUUUGAAAUACCGGAGAUACAGUUUUCGUCAAACCUCACGGCUAGUGUCGCCAAAUAAUUUUUACAACACGAUAUUCCGCUGUGCUACCCCUCACCUGGCGGUUCCCUCGGGAGUGAGCUGCAUGCGUGCCGCCCCCUGCACGGCCUGCCAUGGAGGAACAGGCACGGAGCUGCCUUCUGACCCUGCGGCCCAUCCUGGAGCAAGACAUCAAGGCCUCCUACCUCAUGGAUCACAUGGUCAGCGAUGGCGUGCUGACCGUCGAUGAGGAGCAGAAGAUCAGGAGCAGGCCCACCAGAAGAGAGCAAGCGGCAGCCCUUCUGGAGCUGAUUCUGAGCAAGUGCAACCGGGCCUACAUUUCCUUCUACAAUGCCUUGAUUCGGGAGAGCUAUGGGGACCUAGCAUCCUCGCUUCAGGGGAGCCUGCCUCUCACCUCCCCCGAGGGAGAGAAGAGCUUUGCUGAUGGAGGCACUCCCUAUGUGCACGCGGUGCUGAGGGAGGGCGGGGUGCCCCAGCGGCCCGUGGUGUUUGUGAGUCGGCCCACUCAGCUGAACCGGAUCAGGGAGAAGCUGUACAAGCUGAAGGACGCUGCGGGGGGCUGGGUCACAGUGCACGGCAUGGCCGGGUCCGGGAAGUCCGUCCUGGCAGCCGAGGCGGUGAGGCACGAGGCUCUCAUCAAAGACUGCUUCCCCGGCGGGGUGCACUGGCUGUCCGUGGGCCAGGUGGACAAGGUGGGGCUCCUGGUGAAGGUCCAGAGCCUGUGCUUCCGGCUGGAGCAGGUCCAGGACUGCCAGGAGAGCCGGAGGCCUCCCGGCUCUGUGGAGGAGGCCAAGGAGCGCCUCCGCUUCCUCAUGAUCCGACGCUACCCGAGGUCUCUCCUGAUUCUGGACGAUGUGUGGGACAGUGCGGUGCUCAGGGCCUUUGACAUCCAGUGCCGCAUCCUCCUGACCACGCGCGACCGCAGCCUGGCCGACUCAGUCAGCGGUCAGAAGUUUGAGGUGUUGGUGGAGAGCGAGCUGGAGGAGGAGAAGGCUCUGGACAUCCUGGCGCUGUUUGUGAACCAGAAGCAGCGCCUGCCAGAGCAGGCCCGCAGCAUCGUCCAGGAAUGCAAAGGGUCCCCUCUGGUGGUGUCUCUGAUCGGGGCGCUCCUGCGGGAGUUCCCGGACCGCUGGGACUACUACCUGAGCCUGCUCAGACGCAGGCAGUUCAAGCGCAUCCGCAAGUCUUCCUCCUACGACUACGAGGCCCUGGACCAGGCCAUGGCCGCCAGCAUACAGGUCUUGCAGGACGAACACCGUGAACUCUACAAGGACCUGACCGUGCUGGAGAAAGACGUCAAAAUCCCUGCCAAAGUCCUGUCUGUCCUCUGGGACCUGGAGACAGAGGAGGUGGAGGACGUCCUGCAGGAGUUUGUCAACAAAUCUCUCCUGUUCCGCGACUGCAACCAAAGACCCUACCUGUACUACCUGCACGACCUGCAAGUGGACUUCCUGCUCGAGCAGAACCGCUCCAGCAUACAGGAGCUCCACGCCAAAGUUGUGCGUCAGUAUCAGCAGCACUACAGUGAGGGGCCGCCCACCUCCCGGGAUGUAGCGUGCCUCUACUGGAUGAGAUACCUGCCCUACCACAUGAGCCAUGCUAACCUCACACAGGAGCUGUGCUCCCUCAUGUUCUCACUGGAAUGGGUCAGAGUCAAGGCUGAGAUUAUGGGCCCCGCCCACCUCAUCAACGACUACGUGGAGUACGGCCCCAUUCUGGAUAAAGAGAACAGCAGUGUGCGCGGGGACUUCCAGGAGUUUCUGUCUCUGAACGGACACCAGCUGGACCGGAGGCCCCUCCCAGACCUGGUGCAGCUUGGUCUAUCCCAGCCCAGCUGCUCGGAGGUGUACCGCCAGGCCCUGCUGCAGGCGCAGGGACGCACCAAAAACGGGGCGCUGUACCUGGACUGGACAAAUCAGCGCAGGCUGGAGAAUGUGUCCCGUCUGGUGGUGCAGCCUCAGCAGGGAUCCAUCUACUAUGCCUGCUUCUCCCAGGACGGGCACAAGGUCGCCUCUUGUGGGUCAGGCAGCACGGUGCAGGUCUUUAAGACCACCUCAGGAGAGAAGAUUCUGCAGCUGGAGAAGGCCCAUGAGGAUGAAGUUCUGUGCUGUGCCUUCUCUCCCGAUGACAAAUUCCUGGCCACCUGCUCCAGCGACAGGAAGGUUAAGAUUUGGAAUGCGCAGCGAGGCUCACUGAUCCGGGUGUUUGAGGAGGAGCACGAGGAGCAGGUGAACCACUGCCAGUUCACCAACACCCGCCGCCGCAUUCUCCUCGCCACCUGCUCCAAUGACCACUUCAUGAACACCAAGCUGUGGAACGUGAACAAGCCCUCCUCUCAGAACACCAUGUUUGGACACACCGAAGCUGUCAAUCACUGCUGCUUCUCGCCCGAUGACACCUACCUGUCCACCUCCUCCAGUGAUGGGACCGUGAAGCUCUGGGAGGUCUCCUCGGCGAACGAGUGGAAGUCCAUCGAUGUGCUCAGUUUCUUUCCAGACCUAAGGGAAGUGAUGGUGAAGUGCAGCGCCUGGUCGGCAGACGGCAAGCGCAUCAUCUGCGCCGCGAAGAAUGCAGUGUUUGUGUUUGACGUGGAAACGGGAGAUUGGCUGUCUGAGAUUCGGACCAGUUCUCUGAGCACGGUGCAGUUCUGUGACACCUGCCCUAACAGCCAGCUGGUCGCCCUUGCGCUGUCGCACUACACCGUCGAGCUGUGGGAUUUCACGGAUGUCAAGAAGGUGGCGGACCUCAGCGGCCACCUGAGCUGGGUCCACUGUGUCCGGUUCUCCCCCGACGGGUCGCUCGUCCUGUCCUCCUCUGAAGACCAGACCGUCAGGCUAUGGGAAACCAAGGGAGUCCACCUCUCCUCUGCUGCCUCACUGAAGAGGGACUGUCAUGUGAUCUUCAAUCAGGAUGACAUCACAGUGGUUGCCGCUGACAACAGAAACCAAGUACAGGUCCUCAACGGUAAGACAGGGGAGGUGAUGUUCCAGUCAGAAAGUCAGGAAUCUCGGAUCCGUUGCACGUGUCUCUGCCAGGAUCCACUCGCCGCUGUUCUGGGAUGUGAGGACGGAGCUGUAAAGGUAAUGGAGGUGCCCUCGGGGAAGCUCCUGUGCUCCCUCUCUGGCCACACUAAGACAGUGCUCCACUGUCAGUUCAGCACUGAUGGACAGACACUCAUCACAUCCUCAGAGGAUGCAACCAUACGGGUAUGGAAGUGGAGGAGCGGGGAGUGUCUGGUGCUACAGGGUCACACAGAACAAGUGAGGAAGUUCUUCCUUUUGGAAGAAACGUCUCCCGCUCGGAUCCUGUCUUGGUCCUUCGAUGGCACUGCUAAGGUGUGGGACAUGACGAGUGGGGAGAAGAUGCAGGACAUGGCCUGCCACUCACAGGCCGUCCUGUCGUGCGAUGUGUCCCCGGACGGACGGAUGUUCUCCACCGUGUCGGCUGACAAGACCGCUAAGGUCUGGAGCUGUGAGUCGUGGGCCUGCCUCCACGCGCUGAACGGACAUCAGGACUGCGCCCGCAGCUGCCGCUUCUCCUGGGACAGCAAGAGCCUGGCCACCGGAGACGACAACGGAGAGAUCCGCCUCUGGAGCACACUGGACGGGUCUCUGCUGCGGGUCUUCAGCUCCCAUGGCGACAAGGACUCCAUGGACUCCAUGCACGGGGGCUGGGUGACUGACCUGCACUUCGCCCCCAAAAGGCCGAUCCUGGUCUCCACCGGGGGCUACAUCAAGUGGUGGGAUCUGAACACUGGGGAGGCCCUGCAGACCUUCUACACCACAGGAACCAAUCUGAAGGGGCUCCACGUGUCAGGGGACUUCAAGACCUACAUCACCAUCGACAACAUCGGGAUCCUCUACGUCCUGAAGACGGUGGAAUGAGGGGCCUCCGAUGUCCAAGCGCUCUAUACACUGUGAAGAAGAUUCCAGAUAAUUUGUAAUGUGUACUACAGUACUACGGUACUUGAUGUUUUACAGUGCGGCUUGCAUUGGGCUCAGUGUUGAUGUAUGCAUGCACGCGGGGAAUCUAUGUGCUUUAUAGAUAUAUGUUGGUAUUUUAAAUUUUGUAUAUUUGUGCUGACCAUGUGCAAUACGGUGGCCUUAUUAGCAGGUUUGUGCCGAUUUCUGAAAAUGGAGCGAUUCUUGAAAAGACAUGAUUUUCACGUGGUACUAAAUGAGCCUCCACAUAUGCAUUUGCAUCUUUUAUAUCAUGGGAAAACCAGGGCAGUUAGUUGAUUAGUAUUUUUGCAUUAGUUUCUAAUUAUAAUUAAAUAAUUCUAAUUAAUAUUGCCUUUUCCACCUUGCUUCAUAACUUUUUAUCCAACAUUAACAAUCAAGUUUCAAUGAAAAUGUCAGGUAAUGCAAUAAAAAAAGAGUAAUUUCAUUGUGCUACAAAAAUGUUUUGCAUAACUACUGCAUUUAUAUAACCUUUUAUACAAAACCACUAAAAUUUUUAAGUGAGUACUUAUUAAAAUAAGUAUGGAGACUAAUUUUGUAUUCAGCCCUAGGAGAAACAUUGGUUUGUGAAAUUGACUGCACUAACACAGCUGUGCUAGUGCCAUUAUGAAACUUUUUUAGACAAUUUUUUAAUAAUUGCCCCAAAAUUCUAGUUGGGAAAUGUAACGUGUUUAUAUAAGGCCUUAAUCUCUGAGCAUUCAGGAGAUGCAGUAAUUGGCUCGUCUGUGACAGACCAGAAGCCAUCGGUGUCAGAAAUCGUCAUCAAGUUUUUACCAAGGUUUGACGUUUGUGUUAGGGGUGUGAUGUUUUAAGCUACGGAGCAGGGCUGAUGGAAGGUCUUUAUUACAGAUAUCAGUGUGACUGGUGAUUAAAACGGGUGAACAGCUGGACCUAGACUGGGUUCUCCGCUCAAGCGCAGACAAUCCUGCUUCACACAGAGAGUACUGGAUGAUGUCAUCUUGAGUGAUGUCAUCUGGUUGAUUGACUGGGUGAUUGACAGGGUAUCUGAACAUACCCCCUUUAUAGCAUCAGUCCACUGACAUGCUGUGUCUGUGAAAAAUGUGACCGCUAAAUAUUUCUUCUCAGGAAAAUACCAAAUGGUGCACCCUAGAUGUUAGUGAAUUUUUUGAAGUACUUUGAAGUAAAAUUGUCUGUGUCACUCAAUCUUUUCAUGGGUUAUAUUCUGUAAAAGAGGGAAUGGUGUACCAAAAAAUGGAACUUAAAAGCGUACAAUUUGCUGUUGUGCUGAAUAAGGAUAAAAUCUGGUCUUGUCCUCGUGUGGAUGUGAUGUAAUGGCAGAAUAAAAUAAAAGAGAAAAACAGCUGCA